GCGUGGCCCGCGCGCGGGCCGAAGGGAGCGGGGCGCUCUAGCCGCGGCGGCGACGGCGGCCAGGACAGCGGCGGUUGCUGCGCCCGGUACUGGGGUCGCCGCCUGAGGCGCAGGCGCGGUGGACUCAGCCCGCCCCGGGCUGCGGCUCGCUGUGGACUCGUCAUGGCGACGGAGCAGAGGCCUUUCCGCCUGGUGGUGUUCGGCGCCUCCGGCUUCACCGGCCAGUUCGUGACGGAGGAGGUGGCCCGGGAGCAGGUGGCCUUGGAGCAGAGCUCCCGCCUGCCCUGGGCCGUGGCGGGCCGCUCCAAGGAGAAGCUGCAGCAAGUGCUGGAGAAGGCUGCCCUGAAGCUGGGGAGACCGACACUGUCAUCUGAAGUUGGAAUAAUAGUCUGUGAUAUCAGUAAUCAAGCCUCACUUGAUGAAAUGGCUCAAAAGGCUGUGCUUGUCCUCAACUGCGUAGGACCUUAUCGAUUUUAUGGAGAACCUGUGGUAAAAGCAUGUAUUGAAAAUGGAACAAGUUGUAUUGACAUCUGUGGGGAGCCGCAGUUUCUGGAGCUAAUGCAUGCGAAGUAUCAUGAGAAAGCUGCAGAAAAAGGGGUUUAUAUCAUUGGAAGCAGUGGCUUUGACUCCAUUCCGGCAGAUCUAGGAGUGUUAUACACCAGAAAUCAAAUGAACGGUACUCUGACUGCAGUGGAAAGCUUCCUGACCAUACACUCAGGACCUGAGGGGUUGUGUGUUCAUGAUGGUACCUGGAAGUCAGCAAUUUACGGUUUUGGAGAUAAGGGUAGUUUAAGAAAACUACGGAGUGCAUCAGGUCUGAAACCUGUCCCAAUUAUUGGCUCAAAGUUGAAAAGAAGGUGGCCAGUUUCCUAUUGUAGAGAGCUGAACUCCUAUUCCAUUCCUUUUUUGGGAUCUGAUAUGUCUGUCGUGAAGAGGACUCAGCGUUACUUACAUGAAAAUUUAGAGGACUCCCCAGUUCAGUAUGCUGCUUACGUCACAGUGGGAGGCAUCACCUCUGUUAUUAAGCUGAUGUUUGCAGGACUUUUCUUUUUAUUCUUUGUGAAGUUCAGCAUUGGAAGACACCUUCUUAUAAAAUUCCCAUGGCUCUUUUCCUUUGGUUAUUUUUCAAAACAAGGUCCGACACAAAAACAGAUGGACGAGUCAUCAUUUACGAUGACAUUCUUUGGUCAAGGUUACAGCCAUGGCUUUAGUGUCGACAAGAACAAACCAAAUAUCAAAAUCUGUACCCAAGUGAAAGGACCAGAGGCUGGCUACGUGGCUACUCCCAUAGCCAUGGUACAGGCAGCCAUGACUCUUCUGAAUGAUGCUUCUGAUCUCCCUAAAGGGGGUGGUGUCUUUACACCUGGAGCAGCUUUCUCCAGAACAAAGUUGAUUGACAGACUCAACCAGCAUGGCAUUGAAUUUAGCGUCAUUAGCAGCUCCGAGGUCUAAACAUGUGAAGAUUGACUGAAUCAUAAAAUGCACGAACUAACAGCUUCUCUAUUUGCUAUUAUGUGAAAUUCUAUAAACCUAUCUGACUGUAUGUGGAAGACUGUCAAGUCUAAAAUAUCUAUACAUUAAAAGCAGAAAAUUAUACUAACUUAUCCUAAACCUCAUAUCUCAGCUGUUUUUAUGAUUUUAUUGCUUGUGAGAGAAAACUAAUAUUCUCCUUGCCUUUUUAUUGUCGAAUGAACUGAAGAUCAGAUAGUGAAGGCCCCUGUCUGUGUACUAACAGCUUUCCUUAGUGGUGGGGCUGGACUGGUGUUAGGAGGUGGUGGGAACUUCUGCCUUCCUGCCGUGGUGGUGUGGGAUCUCACCCCCUGGGAGGUCCUCUGCAUAGUGUGAUCAUUUGCUAAGUAAACUGUACUUUUUCUAUUUUAGUCAACUUUCUCAUCCACCUACAUGGACUGAUUUUGGAUUGUUUACCUAAGUUGAAUAAUAAAGGGUUGUUAAUUAAAUGA